UGGAGGUCACAGCUGUAGACACUGUGGAAGGAUGUAUACUUAUCCCGAUUAUUUAGAGAAACAUUUAAAACGAUGUCCAAUGCUUGUUUGUAUGAAUCCCUAGGAAUGUCCACGUUGUGGUCGAAAGUACAGUAGUGAAGACUAUCUAAAUGUUCACAUGAAAAAUGAAUGCGGAAAAAAUCCACCAUUAAAACGACAUGUGAGGGUUCAAACAGGAGAGAAACCUUAUCAUUGCAAACAUUGUGGUAAAACAUUUAGACAGCUUUCUAAAUUGAAUAAACAUGUUAGGAUACAUACUGGAGACAAACCUUACCAAUGUGAAAAUUGUGGUAAAAGAUUUACACAGCUUGGUACCUUAAAACGUCAUUGUAUGAUACAUACAGGAGAGAAACCUUAUAAAUGUGAACAUUAUGGUAAAAGAUUUACACAGCUUGGUAACUUAAAACGUCAUGGUAUGAUACAUACAGGAGAGAAACCUUAUAAAUUUGAACAUUGUGGUAAAACAUUUUCACAGAAUUGUGAUUUGAAUAAACACCUUAGGAUACAUACAGGAGAGAAACCUUAUAAAUGUGAACAUUGUGGUAAAACAUUUACCCACAAUAGUGCCUUGAAUAAACACCUUAGGAUACAUACAGGAGAGAAACCUUAUCAAUGUGAACAUUGUGGUAAAACAUUUACCCACAAUAGUGCCUUGAAUAGACACGUUAGGAUACAUACAGGAGAGAAACCUUAUGAAUGUGAAGAUUGUGGUAAAACAUUUUCACAGAAUUGUGAUUUGAAUAAACACCUUAGGAUACAUACAGGAGAGAAACCUUAUCAAUGUGAACAUUGUGGUAAAACAUUUACCCACAAUAGUGCCUUGAAUAGACACGUUAGGAUACAUACAGGAGAGAAACCUUAUAAAUGUGAACAUUGUGGUAAAACAUUUACCCACAAUAGUGCCUUGAAUAAACACCUUAGGAUACAUACAGGAGAGAAACCUUAUCAAUGUGAACAUUGUGGUAAAACAUUUACCCACAAUAGUGCCUUGAAUAGACACGUUAGGAUACAUACAGGAGAGAAACCUUAUGAAUGUGAACAUUGUGGUAAAACAUUUUCACAGAAUUGUGAUUUGAAUAAACACCUUAGGAUACAUACAGGAGAGAAACCUUAUCAAUGUGAACAUUGUGGUAAAACAUUUACCCACAAUAGUGCCUUGAAUAAACACCUUAGGAUACAUACAGGAGAGAAACCUUAAUGUGAACAUUGUGGUAAAACAUUUACCCACAAUAGUGCCUUGAAUAAACACCUUAGGAUACAUACAGGAGAGAAACCUUAUCAAUGUGAACAUUGUGGUAAAACAUUUACCCACAAUAGUGCUUUGAAUAGACACGUUAGGAUACAUACAGGAGAGAAACCUUAUCAAUGUCAACACUGUGGUAAAACAUUUACACAGCUUUGUAACUUAAAAAGUCACGUAAUGAUACAUACUGGAGAGAAACCUUAUCAAUGUGAACAUUGUGGUAAAAGAUUUAAUAAGUCUAAUAGUUUUAAAAGACACAUGAGGAUACACACAGAAAAACCUUAUCAAUGUGAACAUUUUGGUAAAACGUUUAAUAAGAAGAGUAACUUGAAACAACACGGUAAGAUCUAUGCUCGUAAGUAACAUUUAUGAUAUUAAU